AGUUGCCGGUGAGCUUGGGAGAGCCGUGGGCGCUGAGGCGCUGUAGGUACCUCCCCUGACCCCUGACGAUUUCAGAGAGAAACAAAUUAGAAUCUGAGACAUCAGGCUCUAGAUAAACUGUAAACUGCUGGAAGAGGGCGAUGGCUGUGGCCCUGGGUUGUGCAAUCCAGGCCUCCUUGAAUCAGGGCUCCGUGUUUCAAGAGUAUGAUACUGACUGUGAAGUCUUCCGUCAGCGCUUCAGGCAGUUCCAGUACAGAGAAGCAGCCGGACCACAUGAGGCUUUCAACAAACUCUGGGAACUUUGCUGUCAAUGGCUGAAGCCAAAGCUGCGCUCUAAGGAACAAAUCCUGGAGCUGCUGGUAUUGGAGCAAUUCCUAACCAUCCUGCCCACGGAGAUAGAGACCUGGGUGAGGGAACACUGCCCAGAGAAUAGAGAAAGAGCUGUGUCACUGAUAGAAGACUUACAGAGAGAACUUGAAAUACCAGAGCAACAGGUCAAUAUGCAUGACAUGCUCUUGGAAGAACUGGCACCAGUGGGAACAGCACACAUACCACCAAACAUGCACCUAGAGUCACCUGCACUCCAGGUAAUGGGACCAGCCCAAGAGACCCCAGUGGCAGAGACGUGGAUCCCACAGGCAGGGCCGCAGGAGCUGAACUAUGGUGCUGCUGCAGAAUGCCAGCCCUUUCUGGACCCUGGAUAUCCAUUACCAAAGCUUGACGUGAACUUCCCAUUGGAGCAUAGAGAAGAGCCGUGGGUGAAGGAAUUACAAGAGUCCAAAGAAAUGAAACAAUUACUUGAUUCCAAGAUAGGUUUUGAGAUCGGGAUAGAAAAUGAAGAAGAUCCUUCAAAACAGAAAAAACUGGAGAGUAUGUAUCCAUUUAUUGUAACUGUAGAGGGGAAUGCUCUCGACGGUCCCAUUUUGCAAAAAGACUAUGUACAAUUAGAAAACCAAUGGGAACCUCCCCCAGAGGAUUUACAGACAGAUUUAACUAAACUUGUAGAGCAUCAGAACCCCCCUCUAGGAGAGACACCUGAGAGCUCCAACGUGGAAGAACCUCUCAACCCUACAUCCCAUAAGAAAAAGAGUCCAGGAGAGAAACCUCACCAAUGCCCUCAGUGUGGAAAAUGUUUUGCUCGGAAGUCACAACUUACAGGGCACCAGAUAAUUCAUUCAGGAGAGGAACCUCACAAAUGUCCUGAAUGUGGGAAAAGAUUCCUUCGUAGUUCAGACCUUUAUAGACACCAACGACUUCAUACAGGGGAGAGACCUUAUGAAUGCACUGUAUGUAAAAAGCGAUUUACUCGGCGGUCACACCUCAUCGGACACCAGCGAACACAUUCUGAAGAAGAAACAUAUAAAUGCCUUGAGUGUGGGAAAAGUUUUUGUCAUGGAUCGAGUCUUAAAAGACAUCUGAAAACUCAUACAGGUGAAAAACCUCAUAGAUGUCAUAAUUGUGGGAAAAGUUUUAGUCGACUGACAGCUCUUACUUUGCACCAGAGAACGCAUACUGAAGAGAGACCUUUAAAAUGUAAUUAUUGUGGGAAAAGCUUUAGACAGAGACCAAGCCUAGUUAUUCAUUUAAGAAUCCAUACAGGGGAGAAGCCAUACAAGUGCACUCAUUGUUCUAAAAGCUUCAGACAGAGAGCAGGCCUUAUUAUGCACCAAGUAACUCACUUUAAAGGAUUGCUUUAA